AUGUCCUCUGCAGCGCCGCCUCCUCCCACUAUUGUCAUCAAUACUCCAGGAGCCCCGACUUCGACAGUGUCCGCACCCCGCCAGCCGCCCUCGACUGCUCUGUCAGCAGAAGCCAACCCCCCGAAAGAAAGGCCCCAGAAACCCGUCCUCGUCAAGUCCUGUUACCUCUGCGACGAACAGAAUCCCGGCGACUUCUCGCCGACAACGAAAUUCCUCGAGGCCUGUCUUCUCUGCUCGCGCUAUUUCUGCCCUAUCCAUAAAUCCGAAAGCUGGGAUCAAGUCUGCAACAUCAACCACGCCAGCUACUACCAUGAGUGUCUGGAGCAGGCCCGUGAAGAACUAGCCGGCCAAGGCCAAGACGCCAACACCAACAAACGAGUGUUGGCCGAGAUGCUCAUCAGUGAGGGCAUCUACCCCAGCCUUGGGGAGCGGGAGAAGGCCAUUUUCACCACAAGCCCUGUCAGCGAUGCCAAGAUGCAGGAACUUGAGAGUUUCCGAAGCCUUGAUGCCGCUUUGGCCGGGACCAGCUCGAAACCGAAGCACCAGUUGAUUGAAGAGCGGGAUGUCGUUGGCGCUGACAUUGCCGUGUAA